UUCAUCUUAACUUCUGUACUGUGCUCGUGUCCACGAGUCGUGGAACAGUAAAGAGCGUCGACCAUGACAGUGACGUACACGGCUGAGGUGGCCACGUCCAAAGGCUUCGGCUGCUUCUGGAGGUUGCUUCUCAGGUGGCGGGGCAGUAUCUACAAGCUGGUGUGGCCGGACCUAUGCGUCUACCUGCUCGCCUACUACGUGCUCAACCUGCUCUACAGAUUCGCCUCAGUGAUGACAACAAACUGUUCUUCGAGCAGGUGUGCGUCUACUGCGGCAACUUCGCCGACCUGAUCCCGGUGUCGUUCGUGCUCGGAUUCUACGUGUCGGUGGUGGUCAAGCGCUGGUGGGACUGCUUCUCCGCCAUCCCGUGGCCCGACUCACUCGCGUUCUUCGUCAGCACUUUCCUGCACGGACAGGACGAACGCGGUCGGCUGAUGCGUCGCACCAUCAUGCGCUACGCCAACCUGUCGUCCAUCAUCACCCUGCGCUGCAUCAGCCCGCCCGUCAAGAAGCGCUUCCCGACGCUGGACCACCUCGUCGAUGCCGGCCUGCUGCUAGGCAACGAGCGGGAGGUGUUCGAGCAGCUGAAGACCAACCACUCGACGUACUGGAUGCCCCUGGUCUGGGCCUCAAGCAUCGCCUCGCGGGCACGCAAGGAGGGGCGCAUACGGGACGACUUCGCGCUCAAAACAGUCGUCGAUGAGAUCGCCCGCUACCGAGGCAACUGCGGCAGCCUGUUCAACUAUGACUGGAUUAGUAUACCUCUCGUCUACACUCAGGUGACGACUCUAGCGGUGUACACGUUCUUCCUGGCGACGUUGUUCGGCAGCCAAUGCCUGAACCCGGAGGCCGGCUACAAGGGCCACGAGAUCGACCUCUAUGUUCCGAUAUUCAACUUCCUGCGCUUCUCCUUCUACAUGGGCUGGCUCAAAGUUGCCGAGACACUGGUGAAUCCCUUCGGUGAAGAUGACGACGACUUCGAGAUGAACUAUGUCAUCGACCGAAAUAUUCAGGUAUCAUAUCUUGUGGUGGACGAGAUGCACCAGAACCAUCCGGAGCUGCUCAAGGACCAGUACUGGAACGAAGUGCUCGCGCCAGAACUUCCUUACACGCUGGCAUCGAGCCGAUUCUACUGCUUUCCUCACCAGGGCUCGACCGCGUGCAUGAUCAUUCCACCCGGACAGGCAAGCGUGGUUUCUCGGGACAAGCUGGCGGGGACGCCUCAAAGGAUCGACAAAAAUCAGGGCCCCGAGGACGAAGAGGGUCGUUCGGCGUCACGUGGCCGCCCGGUGCCCAAACCCGGCGCCCUGUCUCGAGGUGGCAGCAUGGCCGGUCCGCCUUGGCGAUGGCCGACCGCGCCCAGCUGGGCGGGAAGGCUGAGCAGGCUCAUCGGAAGGAGGGACUCGUCCACCACACGGGCGUCCGAGGCGCCCUCUAUGCGGAGUGACGUGGACAGCGACCGGACGACCGAGAGGAGAGCGCCCUUCUCGCCAGAGGAAGGCUCGAUCAACAGCCGGGCAUCUACGGCACCCGCUUCGCCACGGGACCUCUCGGCUGAUCAGGAGGAGGACAUAUUUCGCUUGUCGGAUCUCUUCUUGGCUGGCUCCCGAGCUCAAUCGUCCCCAAGGGAGCCUUCCCGGCGUGCAUCACGAGAGGGUUCGACCACGGCAGUUAGUCCUGGCCUGAACGAGGCGCCGGACUUGUCCAGUGGCAACGAGGGAAAUAUAGCGCGAUCUUCGUCGACUGAACCGUCCACGGUACUCUACAUGGACGCCGGCUCGUCGGCUGACGAAGGCGACGAGCAUAGCGACCUCGAAGAGGACCCGCGGACUCCGUCGGCAGAGGCGCCGCUCACUGAGAACGCGAACCACAGCUCGUACAGUCUCUCCGCGACGCUGUCCAAGGCGAUGCCCAUUCUGUCCUCGGGACCACCGAGGUCUCUCGGUCACGGCGGGUACGCUGCCACGCACUCCGGAAGGGACCACGCUCGAUCGGGCCGCCCGAAGCGCUCGACUUCCCUGGACCGACCGUCAAUGCCUGGGGACAUUUACGAACUCAAAAAGAGGCUCAGGCAGCAUGUGGGGCCUGUCGCUAUGCCCGGCAGGGAAUCGAUACAAGACAGGUGGCAUGCUCGCGCCGCCGGCACCGACGUUUAGCGCAUGCUCUCUCGUAGCUAGGGAUUUUGUUGAACAAGACCAUCGACGAAAUUACCUAUUCCCUCGAUACUGUCGGCAGAUUUGAACUUUCGCCUUCAGGUUCAAUAAAUCUCAUCAAAUUUGGCAAA